AUGGUGGGGGAACAGUGCUCCAGGGACCUCAUGGUACCCUUGGGGCCUCAGCUACAGGCAUUUCCUGAAGAACUUCUUCGACAGAGGCCUGGGCAUGAUGGACAUCCUGAGUACCUGAUCCGAUGGAGUAUCCUGAAGUGUGGGGAAGUGGGCAGAGUGGGUGCGGGCUCCGAAGACAAGUCAGAACAUAUCCUCAUGUGGCUGUCAGCUCCCGAAGUCUAUGCCAACUGUCCCAUCCUAUUAGGUGAGAGGGCACUAUCUAAGGGGCCUAAGCAUGAACCAGCUGGAAGCUCAGCAAGUUUCCCCCGAGACCCAGGAAGCCUGGAUGCAGUGGCAAUGGGAGAGAUGGAGGCUGAUGUGCGGGCCCUGGUACGAAGGGCUGCCAGGCAGCUGGCCGAAGGUGGAGCAUCCAGUGUUACCGCCGCUGUGCUCCACACCAUCCAUGUGCUCAGUGCCUACGCCAGCAUCGGGCCCCUCACCAGGGUCUUCAGGGAGACAGGCGCUCUGGACCUGCUCAUGCAGAUGUUGUGCAACCCUGAGCCUCAGAUCCGCCGGAGUGCUGGCAAGAUGCUGCAGGCUCUGGCAGCCCAUGAUGCAGGGAGUCGGGCUCAUGUCCUGCUGUCACUGAGCCAGCAAGAUGGCAUUGAGCAGCACAUGGACUUUGACAGCCGUUAUACUUUGCUGGAGCUGUUUGCAGAGACCACAUCCUCUGAAGAACACUGCAUGGCCUUCGAGGGCCUUCAUCUGCCUCAGAUCCCGGGAAAGCUGCUGUUCUCCCUGGUGAAGCGCUACCUGUGUGUCACUUCUCUGCUGGACCAGCUGAAUAACAGCCCGGAGCCAGGGGCUGGAGGCCGCAGCUUCCCUUCCCCCACAAGGGAGGAGUGCAGCAGGGAGAAAAGCCGCGGGCAGCGGGAGCUGGAAUUCAGUAUGGCUGUGGGCAGCCUCAUCUCAGAACUGGUGCGGAGCAUGGGCUGGGCCAGGAACCUCGGUGAACAGGGCACUUCAUCUCGGCCCACCCGCUCCAUCUUUCAGCCGUGCAUUGCAGGGCCCCCCAUCUUGCUUCCCACCAUUGUUACGACUUCUAAAAGGCAAGGGCGGGCUUUCCGCCGACGUGCAGAGUUCUCAAGCCGUAGUGGCUAUGGUGAGUAUGUGCAGCAGACGCUGAAGAUGGGCAUGCAGGUCCGCAUGCUGGACGAUUACGAGGAGAUCAGUGCUGGGGAUGAGGGUGAAUUCCGGCAGAGCAACAAUGGGGUGCCCCCUGUGCAGGUCUUCUGGGCAUCAACAGGCCGCACCUACUGGGUACAUUGGCACAUGCUGGAGAUCCUGGGGGCUGAGGAAGCUGCUGGAGACACACCUUCAGAAGAUGUGGAGAAGGGGGCAGGGGCUCCUGUGCUGGGCAUAGCACUUCCCUCCUGGGACUGGAGGCCUGUGGAUGGGCUCUAUUCUCUCCCAUACCUUCAGCCUGAGCAUCAGAAGAGUGAAGAAUUGGGAUACUUGACGCAGGCUGAGUGGUGGGAACUACUCUUCUUCAUCAAGAAGUUGGAUGCACGUGAACAGCAGCCAAUUUUUCAGACUCUUCAGGAGAAUAUGGAUAAGAGCCUGGAUGAGAAAGUCCUGGGUGACAUCUCUGUGCCUGUAGAGAUGGCAGAGGGCCUGCUGCAGGUUCUCCGUAACCGCUUUGAGGGCAGCACCCUCGGUGACCUACUCAACUCCCAAAUCUACAUCAAGUACGGGCGGCCAUCUAACGAACAAGGUAGCUCAUCUUCGUCACGAAGUCACUCCUGCACCCCAGACCCAGAGAAGUGUAAGUCAGAGGCUGACUUCUCAGAGCAAGACACAGAAUCUUACAGAGCACAGGCUGCGGCGGAACCCACUAAGGCAAAACCUGAGCCCCCCGUGGCACAGAGUGAUUCACAGCUGUUUAACCAGCUUCUGGUGACUGAAGGGAUGACUUUUUCCUCCAAGAUGAAAGAGGCAGCCAGUGAAAUGGCUAGAGGCUUUCGGGGUCCUGGUCUGCGAAGUGCCCUGGAUCAGCAUGUGGCGGCCGUCGUGGCCACUGUGCAGAUAUCCAGCCUGGACACAAACCUGCAGCUAACGGGGCUCUGUGCCCUCUCUCAGGCCGUGGAGGAGGUCACUGAGCGGGACCACCCGCUAGUCCGGCCUGACAGAUCCCUGAGAGAGAAGCUGGUAAAGACUCUGGUGGAGCUACUGACCAACCAGGUGGGAGAGAAGAGAGUGGUGGUGCUGGCCCUACGUCUCCUUUACUUGCUCAUGACCAAACAUGAGUGGCGGCUGUUCUUUGCCAGAGAGGGAGGCAUCUAUGGUGUGCUGGUUUGCAUGCAAGAAUAUAAGACCUCCAUCUUGGUACAGCAAGCAGGACUGGCAGCACUGAAGAUGCUGGCUGUUGCUGGUACCUCUGAGAGCCCCUAUAGCGUUUCUACCCGGGAUCCUUUCCACCCUUCUUUUGAUGCCCAGAUGAUCAGAGAGAUCUUCGCCAGCAUCGACUCAGCCACACGCCCAGGCUCGGAGAGCCUGCUCCUUACCAUCCCAGCUGCUGUGAUCCUGAUGCUGAACACUGAGGGGUGUUCCUCUGCAGUGAGAAAUGGCCUGCUCCUGCUCAACCUGCUUCUGUGCAACCACCACACUCUGGGAGACCAGAUUAUAACGCAAGAACUGCGGGACACCUUGUUUCGGCACUCGGGGAUCGCACCAGAGGCAGAGCCCUUGCCCACCACACGCACUGUCCUCAUGAUGCUCCUCAGUCGCUACUCCGAGCCUCCCAACAGUCCCGAGCACACAGCACUGGAAAUCUCUGGCUCCCAGAGCCAGGAUGGGUCCCCUGAGCUGCUGAUCCGAGCCACAGUGGGGGGCCCAUCUGCAGAACUACUCCUGGACUUGGAGCGGGUGCUGUGCCGUGAGGGUGGCCCGGCCGGUGCUGUGAGGCCUCUCCUCAAGCGCCUUCAGCAGGAGGCCCAGCCUUUCCUCCUGUUGCUGCGGACUCUGGAUGCUCCAGGGCCCAGCAAGACUCUCCUGCUGACCAUACUGAGGGUCAUGACUCGGCUUCUGGAUUUCCCUGAAGCAAUGGUGCUCCCCUGGCAUGAGGUCUUGGAGCCUUGCCUCAACUGCCUGAGUAGCCCCAACAGUGACUCUGAGAUUGUUCAGGAGCUUAUCUGUUUCCUGCAUCGACUGGCCUCCAGUCACAAGGACUAUGCAGUGGUCCUCUGCUGCCUGGGAGCCAAGGAGGCCCUUUCCAAAGUCUUGGACAAGCACUCGGCUCAGCUGCUGCUGGGGUGUGAGCUUCGUGACCUGGUGACAGAGUGUGAAAAGCAUGCCCAGCUCUAUAGUAACCUCACCUCCAGCAUCCUGGCUGGCUGCAUUCAGAUGGUGCUGGGCCAGAUUGAAGAGCACAGACGUACCCACCAACCCAUCAACAUCCCCUUUUUUGAUUUGUUCCUGAAACAUCUCUGCCAGGGCUCCAGUGUGGAAGUGAAGGAGGACAAAUGCUGGCAGAAGAUCGAGGUGUCUUCCAACCCUCAUCGGGCCAGCCGGCUGACAGACCACAAUCCCAAGACCUACUGGGAGUCCAAUGGCAGCGCAGGGUCCCACGCCAUCACCCUGCACAUGCACCGUGGUGUUCUUGUCAGGCAGCUGACUCUGCUUGUGGCCAGUGAGGACUCAAGUUACAUGCCCGCCAGGGUGGUGGUGCUUGGAGGUGACAAUGCCAGCUCCAUCAGCACUGAGCUAAACACGGUGAAUGUGUUGCCCUCUGCCAGCCGGGUGAUCCUCCUGGAGAACCUGAACCGCUUCUGGCCCAUCAUCCAGAUCCGCAUAAAGCGCUGUCAGCAGGGUGGCAUCGAUACCCGGGUUCGGGGUGUGGAGAUCCUGGGCCCCAAGCCCACAUUCUGGCCAUUGUUCCGGGAGCAGCUGUGUCGCCGCACAUCUCUCUUCUACACAAUCUGGGCACAAGCCUGGAGCCGGGACAUUGCAGAGGACCGCCGGCGCCUGCUGCAGCUCUGUCCCAGACUCAACAAGGUUUUACGCCAUGAACAGAAUUUUGCUGAUCGUUUCCUCCCUGAUGAGGAGGCCGCCCAGGCACUGGGCAAGACCUGCUGGGAGGCCCUGGUCAGUCCCCUGGUGCAGAACAUCACCUCCCCAGAUGCAGAAGGCGUGAGCUCCCUGGGAUGGCUGCUGGAUCAGUACUUAGAACAAAGGGAAAACUCUCUGGCCCCACUGAGCCGAGCAGCAUCUUUUGCUUCUCGAGUUCGCCGCCUCUGCCACUUGCUGGUACACGUGGAACCACCUCCUGGACCUUCUCCUGAGCCAUCCCCUCGGCCCUUCAGCAAGAACAGCAAGGGUCGGGAUCGGAGCCCUGGGCCUUCCCCUGUCCUUCUGAGCAGCAGCCUGAGAAACAUCACCCAGUGCUGGCUGAGCGUGGUGCAGGAGCAGGUCAGCAGGUUCAUGGCUGCAGCUUGGAGAGCCCCAGACUUUGUGCCUCGCUACUGUGAACUCUACGAGCACUUGCGGAGAGCAGGCUCAGAGCUGUUCGGGCCGCGGGCCGCCUUCACACUGGCUCUCCGCAGUGGCUUUUCUGGUGCUUUGCUGCAGCAGUCCUUCCUCACCGCUGCUCACAUAAGUGAGCAGUUUGCCAGGCACAUUGACCAGCAGAUCCAGGGCAGCCUGAUUGCUGGAGCUCCUGGGAUGGAGAUGCUGGGGCGCCUUCAGCGACAGCUGGAGCCCAUCAUGGUCCUUUCUGGCCUGGAGCUGGCCACCACUUUUGAGCACUUCUAUCAGCACUACAUGGCGGACCGACUCCUGGGCCUGGGCCCGAGCUGGCUGGAGGGGGCCGUGCUGGAGCAGAUUGGUCCCUGUUUCCCCAACCGCCUCCCCCAGCAGAUGCUGCAGAGCCUGAGCACGGCAGAGGAGCUGCAGCACCAGUUCCACCUCUUCCAACUCCAGCAGCUCGACAAACUGCUUUUGGAACAAGGUGAUGAGGAGGAAUUGAGGCUAGAAGAAGAGGAGGGAGAAAAGGAAGAAGAGACUGAGAAAGAGCUAUGUGCUGAAGAUCCUAGUCCAACAGUCAGUAUUCUGGUCCUGUCCCCACGCUGCUGGCCGGUCUCUCCACUCUGCUACCUGUACCAUCCCAGAAAGUGCCUUCCCACGGAGUUCUGUGAUGGCCUUGACCACUUCUCCAACUUCUACAGCCAGAGUCAGAACCGCCCAGUCCUGGAUGUGGGGCCACAUCGGCGGCUGCAGUGGACAUGGCUAGGCCGAGCUGAGCUGCAGUUUGGGGACCAGACCCUGCAUGUGUCCACUGUGCAGAUGUGGCUGCUGCUGAAUUUCAACCACACAGAGGAAGUCUCAGUAGAAACUUUGCUGAAGAAAUCUGACCUCUCACCAGAGCUACUGCUCCAAGCACUCAUGCCCCUGACCUCUGAGGAUGGCCCUUUGACCCUGCAUGAGGGUCCGAACCUUCCACAUCGGGGUGUGCUGCGGCUUCGAGCGCCUGGGCCCCAGCCCAGUGAGGAGGCCUUGUGGCUGAUACCUCCCCAGACAUACCUGAAUGUGGAGAAAGAUGAAGGCCGGACCCUGGAACAGAAGAGGAGCCUCUUGAGCUGUCUUCUUGUUCGUAUUCUGAAAGCCCACGGGAAGAAAGGCCUCCACAUUGACCAGCUUGUCUGUCUGGUGCUGGAGGCCUGGAAGAAGGGUCCAAACCCUCCUGGAAGCCUGGGCCACAGUGUUUCAGGGUGUGUGAGCUGUACCAGUACUGAUGUCCUUUCCUGCAUCCUGCACCUGCUGGGCCAGGGCUAUGUGGAACGGCGUGAUGACCGGCCCCAGAUCCUGAUCUAUGCCACCCUGGAGUCCACAGGAUCCUGUCGGGGUCAAGCAGACAUUCCCUUCUGUGGCAACCAGAGUGCUGAAACCCCCAAGCCGAGCCCAGAAGCUGUGGCGGCCCUGGCCUCUCUGCAGCUGCCUGCAGGCCGCACCAUGAGUCCUCAGGAGGUGGAAGGGUUGAUGGAGCAGACGGUGCAGCAGGUGCAGGAGACACUGAACCUAGAGCCAGAUGUGGCCCGGCACCUACUAGCUCAUUCCCACUGGGGUGCCGAACAGCUGCUGCAGAGCUACAGUGAGAACCCUGAGCCACUGCUGCUGGCAGCUGGGCUGUGCGUCCCCCAGGCUCAAACUGCUCCCAGUCGCCCCGACCACUGCCCUGUCUGCAUCAGUCCUCUGGAGCCGGAAGACGACUUGCCUUCUCUCUGCUGCAUGCACUCCUGCUGCAAGUCCUGCUGGAAUGAGUACCUGACCACUCGAAUUGAGCAGAACCUUCUACUGAAUUGCACCUGCCCCAUUGCUGACUGCCCCGCCCAGCCCACAGGGGCCUUCAUUCGUGCCAUUGUCUCCAAUCCAGAGGUCAUCUCCAAGUAUGAGAAGGCCCUUCUGCGUGGCUAUGUGGAAAGCUGCUCCAACCUGACGUGGUGCACCAACCCCCAGGGCUGUGACCGCAUCCUGUGCCGUCAGGGCCUGAGCUGUGGGACCACCUGCGCCAAGUGCGGCUGGGCCUCCUGCUUCAGCUGUAGCUUCCCUGAGGCCCACUACCCCGCCAGCUGCAGCCACAUGUCUCAGUGGGUCGAUGAUGGAGGCUACUAUGAUGGAAUGAGCGUGGAGGCCCAGAGCAAGCACUUGGCUAAACUCAUCUCUAAGCGCUGUCCCAGCUGUCAGGCUCCCAUCGAGAAGAACGAGGGGUGUCUGCACAUGACCUGUGCCAAAUGUAACCACGGAUUCUGCUGGCGCUGUCUCAAGUCCUGGAAGCCAAAUCACAAAGACUACUACAACUGCUCCGCCAUGGUCAGCAAAGCUGCUCGUCAGGAGAAGCGGUUCCAAGACUACAAUGAGAGAUGCACGUUCCACCACCAGGCCCGGGAAUUUGCUGUCAACCUGUGGAACCGGGUCUGUACCAUCCAUGAAGUGCCCCCACCUAAAUCCUUCACCUUUCUCAACGAUGCCUGCCGGGGACUGGAGCAGGCUCGGAAGGUGCUGGCCUACGCCUGCGUGUACAGUUUCUACAAUCAGGACACCGAGUGCAUGGAUGUGGUGGAGCAGCAGACUGAGAACCUGGAGCUGCACACCAACGCCCUGCAGAUCCUCCUUGAGGAGACCCUGCUGCGGAGCAGAGACCUGGCCUCCUCCCUGCGCCUGCUGCGGGCCAGCUGCCUUAACACUGGCAUGGAGCUGCUGCGGCGCAUCCAGGAGCGGCUGCUAGCCAUCCUGCAGCACUCCACCCAGGAUUUCCGGGUUGGUCUCCAGAGUCCAUCAAGCGAGACCGGGGAGACGAAAGCCUCCAACGUGCCCGGCAGUCAGCCCCAGGGCUCCUCAGGGCUGGAGGUGGAUGAGGAUGAGGAGGAGGAGGAGGAAGAGGAUGAAGAUGAUGUGCCGGACUGGCAGCAGGAUGAGUUUGACGAGGAGCUGGACAAUGACAGCUUCUCGUAUGAUGAGUCCGAGACCCUGGACCGGGAAACUUUCUUCUUUGGUGAUGAAGAGGAUGAUGAUGAGGGCUAUGACUGA